GAUGCUCAAAGGAAAUUCAAUUCAGAGUCUUUACAUUUACCAUUUUUCUAGAUGCAUUAUCAUACAAGCCAUAUAUUCUCAAUGGUUGCUUUUCGUAGGACGCAGACAACAAAAGAUAUUGUGGAUUAUUUGCAAGCAAAAUCACACAAUCUGCGUGGAAAUUAAAGUGUAACUACUUCAACUAAUCUGUGCUCGACUAAAUUCUACCUUCAAUGUCGGUUUGAUGUUACUAUCUGAUGACCUAGAGCUAUCCAAAACUUAUGUAAAAGCAGACAAAGCUUCUUACGGUUCCUUUCCCGCUACACAUUCUAACGUAGAAUUACUCAUAUAGUCUUCUCGAUUCAUCUAUUGCAUGUUCUAGUCGUAAUACUUCUGGAAAGGAAACUUAUUUAAUACAAUCACGCAAGAGGUCAUGAAUAUCAUUUCACCCAGCGAUUUAAUAAGAAAAUCUGCCCAUGUUAAGUCAGAAGAAGAACAUAAGUUGUUGUCUGACAAAGCAUUAUGCAAUCCUAAGGAAUUUUGGUUAGAAUAUGCCAUGAAAUUUCAUUGGCAGUCACCUCCUUCAUUCGGAAAGUGUCUCAGUUAUAAUUUUGAUUGCCGUAAAGGACCUAUUUUCGUCAAGUGGUUUGAGGAUGGAUGCACAAAUAUUUGCUACAACAUUCUAGAUCGCAAUGUUGACCGUGGUUUUGGCGAUAAAGUGGCAAUUUUAUGGGAAGGCAACGAUCCAAAUGAUACAAGUCGUUUGACAUACAGUGAAAUGUUGACCAAAGUUAAAAGAAUUGGAAAAAUGCUUGAAAACUUUGACAUUAAAAAGGGUGAUUGUGUUGCUAUUUAUAUGCCCAUGAUUCCAGAGCUUCUGAUGACUAUGUUAGCAUGUGCUCGUAUUGGUGCCGUACAUACUGUUGUAUUUGGUGGAUUCUCUGCAUGUGCUCUUGCCGAUCGAAUUAUAGAUGCCAAGUGUAAAAUUCUCAUCACAGCUGAUGGAACAUGGCGAGGAUCAAAACUUAUUGAACUUAAAUCAAUCGCCUCUACUGCAAUGAAUAUAUGUGAAGAUAAAGGAUAUUUCAUUGAACGAUGUGUUGUAUUUCAACAUGUUACUGCUUUCCCACUUAAAUCCACCAAUGGAAUCAAUAAUAACGUUGAAAGUAAAGCUGGUGUUCGACCUGCUUCAAUGCUUGACGUCCCAUUGAAAGAUGGUCGUGAUUAUUGGUGGCAUGAUAUUAUUAGUACGAUUCCGGAAGAUACUGAUUGUUCUGUAGAAUGGGUGAAUUCCGAGGAUCCAUUAUUUAUACUUUAUACAAGUGGUAGUACAGGUCGACCGAAAGGUGUUGUACACACUACAGGUGGUUAUAUGGUUUAUACAGCUACAACAUUCUUUUAUACAUUUGAUUAUCAUGAGGAUGAUGUAUAUUGGUGUACUGCUGAUGCUGGUUGGAUUACAGGUCAUUCAUAUGUGGUAUAUGGGCCAUUAUUAAACGGUGCUACAAGUGUUGUAUUUGAAGGUAUUCCAACAUGGCCUGAUCCAGGUCGAUGUUGGGCUAUUGUAGAUCGAUAUCAAGUCACAAAAUUCUACACAGCUCCAACAGCUAUUCGUACAUUAAUUAAAGCUGGUGAUCAAUAUGUGAAAUGUUAUGAUCGUACAUCAUUAAAAGUUCUUGGAAGUGUCGGUGAACCAAUUAAUGUAUCUGCUUGGGAAUGGUAUUAUAAUGUUGUAGGUAAUGGUAAAUGUUCAAUUGUAGAUACAUUUUGGCAAACUGAGACUGGUGGACAUAUGCUUACUUCACUACCUGGAGCAAAUGUAAUGAAACCUGGUUGUGCUACAAAACCAUUUUUUGGUAUUGAUGCUCGUAUAUUAUCUGAUACUGGUGAAGAUUUAACUGACCAAUCAAAAACGUUAGGUAUUAAUGUUGAAGGUUAUUUAGUAUUUGCUAAACCAUGGCCUGGUAUGAUGCGAACAAUCAAUAAUAAUCAUGAAUUAUUUGAAACGGUUUAUUUUAAACGUUUUCCUGGUUAUUAUGUUGCUGGUGAUGGUUCUGUGUUAGAUAAAGAUGGGGAUUUUUGGAUAACAGGUCGUUUAGAUGAUAUGCUAAAUGUUAGCGGUCAUUUAAUUAGUACAGCAGAAGUAGAAAAUGCUCUACUAUCCGAUUCUAAUGUUACUGAAGCAGCUGUUGUUAGUCGUAAACAUCCAGUUAAAGGUGAAUGUUUGUAUUGUUUUGUUACAUUGAAAGAUUCCAUACCACAAGAUCAUUUAAAUGGAUCAACUAUGAAUGUUGAUAGAAUUACACAAGAAUUAAAAUCAGAAUUAUAUCAAAUUAUUCGACGAAAAAUUGGUCCAUUCGCAACUCCAGAUUAUAUUCAGAGUGCACCAGUAUUGCCAAAAACACGUAGUGGUAAAAUUAUGCGACGUAUACUACGUAAAAUAGCUAAUGAAGAUUAUGAUUUUGGUGAUACAUCAACUCUGUUGGAUCAUUCAUGUUUACAAACUUUAAUACAAUUGUCAAAAUUAGUCAUUCAUGAUGGUAAUUAAUUUAUUAUUAUUAUUAUUACGGAGAUGAAGAAAAAGAAAAAACAAAUUACGUUCAACUCACAAAUCAAUACAUGGAUGAAUGAACGAACAGGCAUAAUUUUUUAUAUGAAUGAUAUUGAUACCUAUUUCUCUCUCUAUAUAUAUCUAUCUAUCUCUCAGCCUGUUUAUUAUUUUCUUAAACAACUAAAGAAAAAUAUGCAACCAAUUGACCAAUCAAUCAGUCACAAUCAAUCAAAACACAACAAUGCAUUCAAAUUAUCUACUUACAUAAAUAGAUAUAUUAUUAUUAUUAUUAUUAUUAUUAUUAUUAUUAUUAUUAUUCUAUCCCUAAAUAGGACUGUUGUCUUAAUUAUCUACCGUCUUGCAUUGCAAUAUAUAUUCUCAUUCAUUCAUUCAUUCAUUCACAUCAUUGUCAUAUUCAUCAUGAGUGUGAUAAGUAUUAUCAUUAUUAUUAUUUAUAUUCUCUUGUCUUCAAUGUUGUGUUCACUUAUUGAUCUGUUUAUCCCAUUCUCUUUGCUUACUGUCAAUCACAUUUAUUACUAUUAUUAUUAUUAUCCGUGUCACUGUUCUUGUUCCUGUUACACUAGAUCUAUACUUACACAGUGGCGAUCUUGCGUCAACUGUGAAGAACUUCACAUUACUACUGGUGUUAGUAGCAGUAGUAGUAAUAGUAGUGGUAGUAGUCUAGUGUUGUGAACUGUUGUUACUAUUUUUACUGUCUAUUCAUCUCUUCUGAUACAAUAUCUUCAUUCUCAUAUAGGAUAUAUAUAUAUAUAUAUAUAUAU